AUGGAAGAUUUAUCGCAGUCUACUGAUUUGCAAUAUCAACAAACUGAUCCGGGCAUUCCGAUACAUCAACCUAUGGAUACGGAUGCGGAAAAGAUUCCAAAUACAAAUAUACAGCCGACUGAAAAUGCCGGCCCUCAAAGUGGUAAACAUGAAGAGUUUUCCGUGGAGAAAGUUCUGGAUAGAAGGAUUAAGAAUGGAAAAGUGGAAUAUUUACUGAAAUGGAAGGGUUACUCUGAUGAAGACAAUACAUGGGAACCAGAAGAUAAUCUGGAUUGUCCUGACCUGAUAUCUGCAUAUGAAGAAGCUCGUUUGAAACGGGAGCGUGAAGCAGCUACUAUUCCUGACUUGGAAGAAGGUCACUUGACUCGCAAAAGGGCUAAGAGGGGAGAUAAGAAAAAGAAGGUGGAGGAAGUUGAGAAACCCAGAGGUUUAGCCAGAGGUUUGCAGCCGGAAAAGAUUUUAGCCGGUCAACUCUUUCACGGCACACUUUACUUUUUAGUUAAAUGGCAGGAGUGUCCAGAAAUGGAUGUAGUUCCCGGACAUGAUCUUGGUCAGGCAUUUCCAGACUUCGUUAUCAAUUACUAUGAACAGUGUGCACCAUUUAGUGUCAGACAUCCCGUUGGGAGAAUACCGAGACCUGCACCUGAGUUGCCGCCAUUAGAACAACCACAACCAGUUCCUGAGACUCCAAUGGAUGUGAGUCAAGAUGCAAGUCUUCCCAGCACUUCAUUAGCUUCAACCGAAACAGAUGUUCCGGUUGAGCUGCCGGAAACUCAAACUCAGCCACCAAUCCCCGAAACAGACACACAGCCUAUUGAAGUACCAGUUAAUUGA